AUGGCUCUUUCAAAACUUACCGAUCCUCCUGAUAGAGCCAUGAGGUUUCAACUGGAAGAGAUGCAGGGAGAAAGUGCCUUGUGGUAUAUGGGUCUUACCGAAAUUAGAGAUCAAGUCGGUGCCCUUAGCGAUUUACAGGCCUUGAAACGUGUCAGCACGCGGAAACCGAAGGCAGCGAACUCAGCAAAUUUGCAAGCGUCCCAGUCACAAACUCGACUUCAGUCGAAUUCCGCCGUCAAUCAAACAAGAGUUAUCAGCAUCGAAGAGAUAUCCGACCACUCCGAAGGGGAGGAUGAUUUUCAAACCUACGAGAAACCAGAUUCAGAUGCGUCGGAUUCGGAAGAGGAUCCGACUCUAAUCCAGCGUUCAAAGCCUUUAGCACCGGUAUAUAUACGCGACCUCGUCUCUGGCCUUAGAGACAGUGAAAACGCUGAACGGUAUAGCCUGGCGAUCUCCACGGCACCGGGUCUCAUCCGUCGCAAAGCUGCGUUUGGCACAGAAAUUCUUGAAAAUGCCAACGAGCUCGCUUUAAAUCUAGUUUCUCUCCAAGAUAAAUAUGACAUAUCGAACUUUCAUGAGCGUCGGAUGGAAAGCCUUAUCGCCCUUAUCGUCGUCCUCCCGUCCCAAAUGGGACGGUGGAUGGCCCACUCUCUCUUUAACGUCGACCUUUCUUUAGGUCAUCGAUCAUCUAUUCUAGUCGCACUGGGAUUGGCUGCUAGAGAGCUUGCUGGGUUUGGGGAUGAGGAUGCAAAGGCCCUAGGACUGAGUCCACAGUCCAACCUGACAUUCCCAUCUAAAAAAUUACCACAGCAUUUAGAAUCCAUCUAUGGCUCGCCCCAAUCAUCAAUCGAAACCAUAUCAAACCGAAUCUCACAAAAUAUCCUAGAGCCUUUGGCUCUGAAUGCGGCGGACACGUUGACGGGCCCGAAUAUCAUGAAACUCCAACCCCUAUCCUCCAAUGCCACGGAAGACAGACGACAAAGGGAGCUGAAAUCAAAACGAAAGCAGACGACCAUACCAAAAGAGAUGUACACAACCCUGACAGAUUCGUUUCUUAUGCCGUUACUGGGAGAAUUCGGUGUGAUGAUGUACACGAUGCGGUGA